AUGGCCCCCGUUCCUCGCGUCUACUCCAAGACCUACAAGGUCCCUCGUCGUCCCUUCGAGUCGGCUCGUCUUGACUCGGAACUGAAGAUUGUCGGCGAGUACGGCCUGCGCAACAAGCGUGAGGUGUGGCGUGUCCAGCUUACCCUGUCCAAGAUUCGUCGUGCUGCUCGUGAGCUGCUCACCCUCGACGAGAAGGACCCCAAGCGUCUUUUCGAAGGUAACGCUUUGAUUCGUCGUCUGGUCCGCAUCGGUGUGCUCGAUGAGUCCCGCAUGAAGCUCGAUUACGUCCUGGCCCUCCGUGUCGAGGACUUCCUGGAGCGUCGUCUGCAGACCUGCGUGUACAAGCUUGGCCUCGCCAAGUCCAUCCACCACGCCCGUGUCCUGAUCAAGCAGCGCCACAUCCGUGUCGGCAAGCAGAUCGUCAACGUGCCCUCCUACAUGGUCCGCCUGGACUCCCAGAAGCACAUUGACUUCGCUCUCACCUCCCCCUACGGUGGUGGCCGCCCUGGCCGUGUCCAGCGCAAGAAGGCUGCUGCUGCUGCUGGCGGUGACGGUGGUGAGGAGGAGGAAGAUGAGGAGUAA